CAUCAAGAGGUAAAGAAAAGAAAUCGUCUGAACAUUGGUAAGCUUUCUUCCCUUUCUUCACGUAAAUAUAAUUUUUAUUUGAGCACUUUUAUGUUAUUAUUAUUAUUGUUAUUGUUAUUAUUAUUAUUAUUUUUAUUAUUAUUAUUACUGUUUAUUUUCACGAAAUGAAACUUUUACGGUUGUAAGAAAAAAUUGGCAAUGAUGAUGCCCAAAGCAACCAUGAGGCUAAAACAUCAUAAGCUUUCUUGACUAACGUCGUGGAGACUAGGUUCCUUCAGAAGCAAAGCAAAGACAUAAUUUCGUUUGUUAUAAAAAAGUAGAUCUUAUUCUGACUCACCUGAAGAGAAUGUUUGCUUCAACUGACGUGGCCGCAUUGUGGUUCAAAAUUAGAUAAUAUAAGGCCACUAUUAGACCAUGAAAAAUGAGUUUAUUAUUAAAAGAAAUUUUCGCUAUCUCAAGGUACGCAUAUACUAGGCAGAAUUUAAGAGCUGAAGGUUUUGUCAGUUCGUCCCUCCUCUGUUCACUCGCAAAACAGUUUGAAACCAUUUUAAAGUCUCAACAUAACCAAUUUAUCACACGCCACGCACGAUUUAACUGAAAAUAACACGGAUUAAUAGACACCUUGCAGUUUUAUUUUUAUAAGUCGACCCUCCCAUAAGCAACCAACAAAAAGGCGCAGCUUUAGUGCUCGGCAUUUUUAUUUGGGAGGUGGUCUAUAAUGAUACGUACUAAAGCCGGACAACAGGGGAACUCUUCCAGGUAUAAGUCCCGAUAAAUCUACUUUUUGUAAAAGAAUUUAUUGAGAUGCAACUUCUAAAUAACGAUAUGUGAAGUUCCGCUUGUCCCUCAAAUUUCUUGGCUUAUUCUUCACGUAGCGUUUGUACAAUUACAGCGAGCAUUUAGCGAGAGCAGACCAUGGAACGCCAGCUUACACGAGGUAGAAGACAAUGGUGGGAGAAGGUCGCUUAGUAUGAGAGGUGGUCACACAUGAAGGUCCACUGUAGUCAGUACUAAAUCCGAUUUUGAGACGACAUUUAGGGUGGCGGAGUCAAAGCAAUUAAUCACAAAGUAUUGUACAUGGGAAUUUGUGGACGCAAUCAGCUUCUAUAUUACGUAAAAGCAAUUUUAGGCUUUAAAAUGUUUAUUUAAACAAUAACAGUUUGAAGCAGAAUUUUUUACGAAGAUUUUUUUUUUAAAUUCCUUGAUCGGCGCGUAGAAGAAAAAAAGUUCGAAGUAAACAAAUUCAAGUACUGCGCUACCGGGGCUGCAGGUGAAGCAUUCACGGCCAACAUAUUUGGAAUCGGAACCCAAAGAGGUGGCGAGAACUACCAGAAAGUUUCACUAUUAAAAAAAUAAUAAAAGAACAGUCAUCUUUAAGUAAAACACACGGUUCUGAAAGCAGUGUUAGGAAAAGAUAAGAUCAAGAGAGAGAUGUACUACUAAGACAGGGGCCCAAAACCUGGAGCUAGCAACGUCCAUCUACUUGUUUCGCAACCAGUUAGAACGAUUUUGGCGCAAUUUUAGAGCUUCUUUUAAGACCCACAAACCAGAGAGCAAAACCAAAGCCCUAAAAAUAUGUAAUUGACACCUUUUAAUGACCUUCAGUUUUCUUUUUUGAAAAUCUUGUACUUCAAAUGCGCUCAUAGACGGUGCGGGACUCCCAUUUUUACGGGAAAAAGUUUGCUAAAAUGUAGUUGAUAAUAAACUGGUCUCAAAAACGCCGUGAUACAGGCCUAGCUAGUAUUAGUCUGCUACACAGCCGUUUUUAGUGUUUGGUCAUAUACGUAACGCAAACGGCUGCGUAUCAGACUGUGCCUAGUUUGGGUGUUCCUCUCUCAGCUCCGGGUUAUGGGCUCCUGCUAAAAGUUUUUGCAUCAACAAAUGGUACCGGAACACCAUCGGGCUCGAUUUAUUUAGCUUUUCAACAGAUGGUGUAUUCAAAUUUCUUUCCAAAAUACAACGUGACUAAUAAAGAGCUUGUCAAGCAGAUAAACAGCCAAUAUCGGUUUUAUUCAAGAGAGUCACUACUUAGCAUUGAUGAUUGAAAAAAAGAGUUUAUGUCAAAGACCUAUUCACGCACGACUCGCUCCACGCUCAGAAUUAAAAACUUUGGAUGGAGGGAACCACUAAACACAGAAUCAGCAUCAGUCGGUAGUUAAUUCAUGUUCUUUAUGUUACGUAUCGGAUCAGUUUAUUGUUAAGAGUACCAAGCGUCACUGUAUCUUGCACCGCGUAUUUUAAAAGAGAGAACCCAAUGAGAAGGAUGCGGCGUUGAAGAUUACCUGAAAAACACCGUACAAAGAAUUAUGCUUCUAGCAAAAAAGGAUGAAUUGGAACUUUUACAAAAUUAAACGGUUAACUCGAACCUCGAGCUAACUCGAACCAAAGUCGAUUCCUCCUGGAUUUCCUUUACACGUUUACUAUGUAAUUGUACCCUCGGUAACUCGAACCCUCGAUAACUGCAACCUCUCGCUAACUCGGAGUAAUUUUUGUUUCCCUUCAGAUCAUUUCUAUAUAAUCUUACCCUCUAUAAUUCGAACCAUGUUUUAAGCGCAUGACAAGUCGGGGGAAAAUAGUGUCACAGUGAAGUCAAAAACAGUGAAUUUGUUUGAAAAAUAACCGUGUCAAUUCUUUGUUUCUACUUUUUACUCCGGCUCCAGUUCAAGUCAAUUCAGUGUCUAUCACUGUAUAUUAAUCAAGCUUUGUCAGCUGCUUUUUUGCUUGUUGAUUUCCUUUUUCAAAAUAUUUAUCUCUUGCUGCCCUUGAAGUGAAGUGUGCAAGUUACUUGCAUUCCCUAGUAUCGAAUUAGUUGUUCGUAGUAAAUGCUAGAAACAGGCUUGCAAUUUCGAGCGAUUCAGAGUCAGAACUGUCUAUUACUCAAAGAAGUUUCAGAGGCGGUACUGCAAUUGAGCUUUCAGAAAACAAUUUUGAAUCCUUAUUUGCGUGUGCAGACAACGAGCAAGCAGUUGACAACUUAAAGUUUCGCAGCGAGGAUCUUUUAACCGACCGACCUCACUACUACAACUGACAAGGAAAUUCAGGAGAGAAAUAAAGCAAGAGAUGCUACAAAACACAAAGGGGUCAACUACAUGGAGUUCACGAGAUUGGGAUGACUAGGUUAAAAGCAGAACGCCUUACCAACAAAUGACAGCGCCACUUUCAUGGUAUGCUCCGAACAGUCCAAUAUUAGAGACGCUGUUGAAUUUCGAACUGUCGUUCUGGCCUUGGAAACUAAGCGUUGAACUUCCAACUAAGAAAAUUCGCGUAUGUUGCGCAAAAGAAACAGCUCAGUUUGAUUUCAGAAAUUUCAUCGUCGUAAGUUAACUAAACACGACGCUACAAGUAACAUUUGCAAAUUUGAUCUUCAUGAAAAGCUAAUUAAAAUGAGAGGGGACUAUGUAUUAUUGUUAUAUUCCUAGACUUUCACUCAACUAAACAGGAAAUGCCAUUGGUUGAUUCUUGGUCACGUGGCCUUGACUAAAAUCAAACGUAUCCUGAUUGUGAUACAUUAAGCAAUGUACCCAGCUCGAGAUACAUUAUAGCACGUGAUCAAAGCAUGGUGGAAAGUGGCGUGACGCAAGGCGGGAAAAACACUGCCAGUUUUCUUUUUCGUGAAUGAACACAACAACACAACCAGGAAGCCUCAAGCUAAAAACGAUUUUCAAGGUUAUCCCAGAAGAGAAACAGCCGCUAGUGCAGGAAAAAGAUGCAGAUAAUAUAAGGAAAGUACUUUGUAAAUCAUUCAUUCAGUGGUUUUGAGAAUUAAAUUUGUGUUCCUGUAAGUGCCGAGUCGACUGUUUUGGUUCGCUCCGGUCAUUCUUUUGUUGCUGUUGAAGUGAAAGUCUAGAAAUAUAACAAAACACUUAAUGUCAGGUCCCUUGGGAAACCAGUUAGUUUUGUUUUCCCUCGAGUCCCGAUGUUUCCCUCGACUUCGUCUCAGGAAACAUCAGGACUCGAGGGAAAACAAAACUAACUGUUUCCCUCGGGAUCUGACAUUAAGUGUAUAAUAUGCAAGGGGGACAAGUGACUUAUCCCCCUUGCGUACAGUUGAACCUCUCCACAACUGUCACCUUUGGGACAGAAGACAGGGGCCGUUGUAGAGAAGCACUUUAAAGAAGUCAGUCAAUGUAUGGACUGUCCGCCAAAAAAAGUGGCCCUUGUGCAGAGGUCGCCGUUAGUGGAGGUUCGACUGCAUUAAUAUAUAGAUUUAUCCAGGGCUAAAAGCGAAGCUCCCGUUAAUAAAUUCAUAAUUUAAAUCAAACAAUAAACUUGUAAUCCACAGAUAGGGCACAGUCAUGUGACUUUUGAGGCAAAUUUAGGCUAAGUGAUUUUACAUCGCGUUAAUAGUCUUAUUUGUACACCCAAAAAUAGCAAUCAUGUUCGAUCACAGUAGAUUAGGCCUGGAAAACAAAUAGACCUAUUCGAGUAUUGUAUUUGCAUUAGCUGUUGCAUCAUAAUGUCGCAUUCACCAGUCUCUCCAACAAUGUUCCGUUAGAGAGACUAUGGAUAAUUGGACAACCCCGAAAUAUAAUUUUAAGAACCACACGAGCCACGAUAGUCCUUUGUGGCAGCCAAUUGACACGUUGCAUUCAUCUGUCUAAAAGGGAGGCCAAAAUAAAAAAUCAGGCCGGACUUUUUGUGUUCGACAAGUUUAGUUUACAAGUAAAUCUGGUGGCGUGUAAACCAGCCUUUUAAACAUACUUUUUCUCAACACGUCUCCGGUAAACAGUACUAUGAGGCCCUUUUUAUCAUACAGACCUUGGACAGAAUUUGUUCUUUUUUUUGCCCUAUCAUUCUGCAGUUUUUCACAAUUUUGUAAGACAAUUUGCACUCAUUCAAUAUCCACGACGUCAAAGCAAGCGCUUCCUUUGCAAAACAAAUUAUAGCAUUGAAUUAUCAAACGUUUUCAUGAAAAGAAUUCCAUAAUGCGGGACUUUUCCGUUAGAAAAAUCUGGUCCUAUGUGAUAUGCAGGGUAAUAAUUAUGGGCUUUUAGCAUGAAAACGAUAAGAAAAUUCCCAAAAUCACCUUUUCGGCCAGCCGGACGGGUCCUCACUUUUGACAGGCAAAUUUGCAGUGCGAUUAAUAGAGUUACCAUUUACGCUUCAACACGAUAGGGAAAUUGCUAUGUUUAGGUUUUAUUUCCCUUUAUUUAUUAAACUGUGUAUGUGGUUUUGUUAUGUGUAAUCUUUAAAAGCGAGUGAUAUUUACGCGCGGCGUUUUGAGUAUUCCUGUAUGCGAUGUUUAUGUUCGACUGCAAACAACCGGUGCAGCGAUAAAAAUUGCGGGAGGGACUACUAACAAUCAAUAAAAUAAAUAUAAUUCGGUGAAACAUGUACAGAGACAAUAAUUUUCAUUCACUAAGAGAAGUAUUGAGAGUAAAGUGUCUCUGAAAAUCAUGAGUCAGGUAAGCAUAAACUUGUUUAUGUUUUAAGCCGGCUUCCCGGUGUUUGCUCUUUUUCAAGAUGAACUCGAGGCAAGAAAAUCGCUCAGAGCUUUCUGUUUAUAGCCAAAAUCAUAACUAAAUAAUCUUUGGAACCUUUUCUUUGAAUUUGCGGUCAAAAAAUGUCUAAAGGCUUUUUAAACCUGAUACUAUUGUUGGUUAGAUUAUCGCUCGUGUAUAAACUUAAGCCGCAUAAACCAUACGCUCGACUUCAGGAAACCGAAAAAAAAAACACAUCAAAGACAAUAAUUGCUCAGGCUUACCAGUCGAGAUGCUGCUUCUGAAGGUCAUCAAGUGUUCCAGAAUCGCUGGAGACUUUUCAACCCUGUUACGCCUCAAGCAAGGACAAGUGAGGAAGCUCAUUCUUGAAAACGAUGCCAUCCGAAAUCGGAUUUCCAAUGACUUUCACAACCGGUGCAUUUGUCAACAUAAAGCGCAAUAAACAAACCAGCCAUGAAUUACAGAACAAUCUUGCUAGCAGCUGUAUUUCAUUUUGUACACCAAGAAGAGAACGACAGUUUAAAACAUCACAAGAUGACACAAAACUCUGUCAGCUCCAGCUAUCAGUAAGCAAGUUUCCAGACGCUGCAUAAAUUUUCCGCAUGAACUCACCUGUCAAAUUUUGACCAAUCAGAACAUAAAAGUUGGACGUAGAGCGUGAUCAACGCGUGACAGUGAGAAAAGUCAAGAGCGAUUGCCUAACCUGCAUGUAAAAGCGGGUUGAAUUUUCGCGUCCGAAGCCAGUUCGAAAACAAAAUUUUAAAACGGACUCAUAAACACGACUUAUUUCAUAUGCAUUUUAAAAAAAUUGAACUAGAGCCUGCGAUCAUGUGAAAAGUAACAACUUGUCAGCGGAUACCUUCAAAAAAAUACUCAAACUCAGUGGGUCGAUACCUGAGUCCGCAAUACGGUCAGGCGAUACUGGUCGGCAGAAACACUAUUUUGACAGCGGUCAAUUAAUCAAAACAUGGAUGUACAAUAUCAGGUUGUAGGCUCUCAAAUUAGCUAGAAAGUGUGAGGUUAAACAUUGGUAUGACUGUGGCGCGGACGGUCGGGUGGUCGGUGUAAGGUAUCGUGAUUGCCGAAUUUUGUAGGAUGGAUAGAUUUUCUAACCUCUGGGACUUCGAAUUGAGCACGUGAUCAAAUAAAAUAUCAGCGCAAAACUUUAAACACUACGUGAACUCAAUGGAUAGAAAAAUGAGCCCGCGAUACACUCAGGUGAUGAUGGUCAGCGUAUACUCUAGUUUGACAGCUGUCAAUUAACCUUAAUUAGAUUGGCGAAUAUUCGAAUUAACAGACUACGAGUGUGAGUAAGGCAUAUCCGUCCGGCUUGUAGUAGAAAAUGCCAGAUCGUGUACCUCAGCGAACCUGAGCCCACGUUAUUAGUUUUCUGAUACUGGUCUGCACAUGUCCUGUUUUGACAGCUGUCAAUUGACCUUAAUUUGGCUUCCCAAUAUAACUUUAAACGACUGUCAGCCAACUGACAGCCUUGCCCGGCGUAGUUUCGUUUUUAUGUUGAAUUGGCAAGUGUGACAUAUUAUAACAGCUUAUAUGUAGGGGCAAAACGACUGGUCUUUCAUCUGAGCCCGCGACAUAGUCAUGUGAUAAUUGUCAGCGGAUGUCUGAUUUUGACAGCUGUCAAUCUAAUCGUACUCAUACGGAUGGCUUACAUAACUGAAAGGCUAGUCAAGUUGUGCAAGAUCUAUUGUGACAUUUGACAUCGGCUUAAAUGAAGUGUGUGUACGGGUGGGCGUACGCUACGUCAUAACCAAAUUUUCUGGGAUGGAUAGUUUACCAAAUUUUCUUACCCAUGGUGCUCCGCUGCGCGCGCGCUUCGCGCGCGCGGGAGCUCCGCUAUUACAUAACCCCCUCGCAUUUUAAUUAGCUGAUUAUUGGCCCCGUUCUUCCCUUAUAACACAAUCAAAGCCGCAACCAGCUUUUCAGACAGUUGAUUUGGGGGGUUAUGUAUUCUAGUAUAUUCCCCAGAAAAGAACAAAAGAGUCCCGCUGAACUGUAAAACUUGAGACUGUAUCGUCCUUCACAAAACGUGAAAUUAGGCACUUUCACGUCGUAGUCGUGCAGUGACGGCAAAGAAAUGUACCAUCAAGCGUGUGCACGUGCAAAGUUGUUGUUUUGCCACCGCUAAACCCAUUGCUUUUUUGCCGUCCUCGUUGCCAUCGCCGUCAUCGUUGCUUAAGCUCCCUAAUGUUGAUGCUAGAACUAAAAGGGGUGAAAAAAUAGGAAUCUUCAGCUGUGAAAUAAUGGAAGCGUUUUUAUCCGUCACCAUUUCUCUACUUUUAGACGAUAAUAGUUUUAGACACUAGUUUUUUUCUUUUAUAUCAACACCACUUUCCCCAUGUGCUUAAUAAAAGGAAGAAUUAAAGGCGCUCGCAGUCCAAAAGUCAGAACUGGACGGCCGGUCAUUUGGGAAAUGAAAUGGGCUUUUUUACAAGAGUUUUCAGACAAACGCUGUAAAGCGCUGUAAGCUAUUAAGGGCAAACAAGAUUGCAUGGACUUUGCCUGCUGGUACCUAGUUACCUUCAACGCCCUGUGGUUUUCAAAAUAACAAACUGCUAUUCAACGUUUUCCCCUUAUUCGACAACAGGAGUGACAUACGCAAGAACAAUGUCUUUUUUCGACAGCUACGUCUAAUCCUGAAUCAAUAAUUACAUCCACUACCGGAAAAAGAGGAAAUAUGAAGUCAUGGGACAAUAGAUUGGAAAGUGCCAGCAUAGGUUUUCUAGGCACAGUCACUGUAUCUCAAACUUUUACCAAAAAAAAUGUUCAUAAAAGAACAGUCGUCUAAGAAUGACACCCAGUUUUCUGAAUCAGUGUAAUAUAUAGCAAAUAUUCGUGGAAAUUUAAAAGAGGCACCAGCCAUAGUUACGAAAAUGAUUUGCAUUCACAAAUGGCACGGCACACCAUCUACUUGAUUGAGAUUUCGCAACUCUAAACUUCUUGCCAUUUUCUUAACUUCAACUUUUGUUUUCUUUAUAUGGCACGCUGCAAUAUUAAUCCGUUUUUUUAAGCGAAUAAUUUUACGGCAGCUGGAUAUUAAUAUAUAAAACACCCCCGGGUCUUAGGUCCUUACGUACUAGUAAACCAUCAUGAGGUGAAAUUAAACAUAUAUUCAGUAUUAAUCCUUUUGAGAAGAUACUAGGACGACUAUCACAAGAUUACACAAAAAACCUUCAGGAUCGAACAAUCAUCUAGUACGUAAUACACCCAUCUUGAAUGCGAAAUAAAGUAAAGACUAGAAGAAAACGUCUGAACACUGAAUAAGCUUCCCUUCUAAGCCCCUCUGCACCUCAAAAUUUUACGAUACUGUAUUCAUAAAAAAAAAAAAAACAGUUAUCGUAGUAAUUAAGACACCUAGUUUUCAGCUGAAUGAAAGAAUAGUAAAAAAAAUAUUCGUAGAAAAAGAGGCACCAGCCAUAGUGAAUGAAAUGAUUUUCAUUAACAAAUGACAGAGAACACGACUCACUCGAUUGAGCUUUUCAGCAAGUCUAAACUUCUUGGGUCGAUCCUUACGCACCAGGUCAACUCAUAGGGUGAAAUAAAAGAAACCUUCAGAUUCGUAGACGAUAAUUUCUACGAGGACGAGAUCUGACUUAAAAUAUUUUCCCGUUUUGUGAAAAAAAAAAAAAAAUACAGACACCCCGGAAAGCUUCAUUGUACUUUUUUUUUUUUCACCAGAAAAGUUAGCAAUGUUAUCUUUUUUUGAAGGAGGUUAAGCGCUUUUCCGAACCGCGCAAAAUGCUAAAACUUCUAACGUUUGAUAACUAAUGUUUCCGCCACCACGACAUUCUCGAUAAAUCUUGUAGUAGAAGAGGACGACUUCUUUCACGUUUUCCCGCCAAAAUGCCCUGACUUAUGCGUGAGGGCUACUUCCUAUAGAGAAAAUCUUGUUCUCGUAGCUGGUCGUACUCGUCUUAGAAUUUAAUGGUCUCUAAUACUAUCAGUACGAAACAAAAGAAAAUACGAUGACUAGACAAUAGCGUAUAUAGACUACCACACGCAAGGUUACACAGAAAAACUUGAAUUCAUCAUUGAAGAAACACCCAGUUUGAAUGCGAAAUAAAGUAAAGACAGUUGUUAGAGACCUUUAGAAUUCGAGGACGAGAACGAUCACGAGUACGAGAUUUGAUUUAAAGUUUUUUCGAGUAUUGUCAAAAAAUAGACACACCGGAAUUCUUCAUUGUACUUUUUGUUCACCAGAAAAGUUAUAUAGCACUGUUAUCGUUAUUGAAGGAGGUUGAGCUCUCUCCAAAUUGUAAAAUUCUAAAACUUCUAACACUUGAUUACUUAGUCCAGCCACUAUGACACUCUCGCUAAAACUCGUAGUACAAUGACGACGGUUACCACGUUUUCCCGCCAAAAUGACGCUGCCUCACGCGCGAGCACUACUUACUAUUCAGAAAAUCUCGUACUCGUAGUCGUUCUCGUCUUAGGAUCUAAAGGUCUCUUAAUUAUUCAACUGCGGUCAAUUAAGGUCAUUAUAGGUACCAGUGAGGUUCAACUGCGAGCAAGCUCUCCUGUGGAGAGCUUGCUCGCAGGCUACAGUGAGGUUAGAAAACCACCCACGUUGAUUCUGUCAGUUAAGGGAAAGUUCAUUUAAUAUGACAAGGGGGGAUGAAGAUAUUGAGGGGGGCUCCGAAAAUUUUUAGACACCCGAAGGGGGGGCUCUGAAAAAAUUGUUGCGCUAGGAGGGGGGCUCCGAAAAUUUGUAUACUUCAAAACCAACACAUGACAUCAUCAUACAGAUCGGAUGGUUUUCAACUCAACAAUUUAAUGACCUGUGCAACUCAGCUAUAUCACGUGGUUUACAGAAAUAACAAAUGUAGUCUCAGUAAUUAUUACACUCUUGUUCAUCCCAAAAAUGCUUUAGAAAAUUGUAUCACAACUGUAUCUCAAGUUUGUCAUAGUAUAAACCAUUGAAGACAAUAACGGUAAAUAUAUUUAAUACAGUCUAGCGAUCUUUUUUCAGGGGAGCAAAGGAAUUGAAAGGAGGGGGGGGCUCUGAAAUUUUUUCGACUACCAAGGAGGGGCUCCUAAAAAAUUGAACCGCUAGCGAGGGGGGGUGCUAAAAUUUCAAGCUUCGAGUUUCAAUAUCUUCAUCCCCCCCCCUUGUCAUAUUAAAUGAACUUUCCCUAAGUGACUAUAAAAAGGACUAUGUCAUUGCUAAGCUCUAUUCCAUCAAGAGGUAAAGACAGGAAAACGUCUGAACAUUAGGUAAGCUUCCUUUCUUUCACUUUAACGUGACUAAUUUUACUUGGCACUUUUCGAGAAGUCAAAGUUUGUUUUUUUUUUUAAUGUCGAAUUUUUUACCAUAAUUGUUAUUAUAACUAUGACAAACUAUAUUUCUUGUACAGCUUCUGAAGCUUAUCCUAAACUAAUAUAAUCUUAAAUGAUUAAUUACAAGCUAGCAGGAGCGACAGUGGUUAUCUAGCUUCCUUCCGAAGAAAAGACCUUAUCCUUUUUAGUAGCAGUUCUUUUCUGGCUGUGAUGGAAAGCCAUGUAACUUGAGAGACGUGUGCUUAAAUUUAUUUCACCAGGGCCCAGGUGUUGGAAGGCCGGUUAUCGCCAGCCCGGGGGUAAAAUUUUAGAUCCGAUUUCUUUUUCUUUUGUUCAAAAGCACUUUCUUUGGCACUAUUUUUUCACUAUUUUUGGGGGUACAAUCAUGCAUGUAGACAGAAGUAAUUGCAAAACUGAAAUUGCUCUUUAGGCUUUCAUAUCUGAAUUCAAAUUUUGCAUUAACAGGCUUGGUUAUCUUAAUUAACCCAGCAUUGAACAAACCCAGCGGCCCCGCGGGUUGUGAUCCAAGAUUGUGAGGCAUCAGUAUCAAACCAAGUAAAUGGUUAAUGGUUAAUUGGUUAAUUGAUUAACAGCAAAUGGGUUGAUAAAGAAAAUUUGUCAAUUGUAAAGAAAAACUCAAGAAAAAAUUAAUAACUGCAGGAUUGAAUUUGCCAGUUUACUCCUCCUCCUUCUCCUUCUCGCAACACAGUUUGUAACCACUAACGACUAAACAUAACCAAUUCAUAACGCACCACGUUUUCAUUCUCAAAGAUUUGACUCAAAGAUUUGAUUUUGACUCCCACGGAGACUUCCGGAUUUAAUGAUGUAUCCUGUAGUUUUUAAAUUUUUAGUCGGUGCCCCUUACGAGAUAUAGGGACUUUCCAAAAAAAUUGGUUUUAUGAACAAAACAACAGCUCUACACGUGCAUCGCGCUUUUUAGUACAUUUCUUUAGGGAACUUAAGAACCAUGACGAAGUUUAUGACGACGACGUCUGUUGACUGGGAAAACACUGAAACGAAAACGUCAGUUUCGGCGGGAAAAAGGAAACUUAAGAUGCGGUCGGUCAGCAGGUCGACGACGACGAUGACGAAAUGCAAACACAAAUUUAAAACUGUGAUGUUCGUUCGCAACAAAGUUUUUCGCAAUGGCGUCUUUUACAACAAUGCAAGAUCUUAUUUUUUAAGCCGUACGUCUAAUUUCAUUGACGAUGAAGAAUUUUUUGUGUUGUCUCACCUUUUCCUUACCUUUUCGAGUGGAAAAACGCCUGCCUUCCGUACGAAGAUUAUACCGCUUUCAACCUGAACGAGAUGACCGAAUCCGAGUGUCUGUCAGAGAUAAGAUUUGGAAAAAGAGACAUUCUGAUGUGAUAGCUGCUUCAGUAUAAAGUUUAUUUUCUCUAUAUUAAAGAUAUAUGAUUUACCUUACCUAACACGUACAAAUAAAUUUAUCACUAACGAGUUCGCUCGCUCGGCUUCCACAGCUAUUGUCAUUGUUCGAAGUAAAAAUAAUUCAUUAGUCGAAUUUUCAAUUAAUAUCUCUUGUUAGGAGAAAAAAGGAACGAUACCUGGAUUUACGAGGAUAAGAAAAUGCAAAAGGACUUCAAAAAAUCGCCUAAAACAGUGGAUUUAUACCUGCCAAAGCUUGUAGAUUGUAGGACGACGUGAUUCUACUUUGUUUGGCGUCGUCUACGACACCACGAUGACGAAAUUUACUGGUCGCGCUUGCGCAGUACACUGUAACUCACUUCCGGUCGUCGUGGUUGUGGUUCUUAAGGUGUCUCCUAAAGUAAAUUGGCCGUGCGCAGCCUGAGCACUAGUAUGGCGCGAGUUUUAAAAUCCGCAUGACGUCCAAGCAAAAAAUAAAGCAAACAUGGCCUCUCAGUUUCGAAAUAUUCCCCCCAAAAGAUUUAUUAACUUUCUAUUGAAGCUCAUUGUGCAAAAAGUUUGAUUAAUGUAAGUCACACAUUUACGAGAGGAGACAAUGUUACACUGGUUACGAGUCACUAUCGAUCUCCAUAAGAGUAAAUUGUAUGUAAAAACAAAGCAGAAAUUUUCCAAAGACAUCAAUUCUUUCGCUUCAAAAGUAGACAAACGUUACUAAGUAGUCGAAGUAAAUGGUGAGUGGAAACUGUACUUAGAAAACAAAGAAGUAAGUACACCAACCCAGAAGGAAGCAAUGUUGCUGUUUCUGGCUUUUGGUUCACGGUCAGUGGAAAGAUCUGAAAGAUCGAGCCAAUUCCCGAACAAACACUGACACUGACGCCGAAGAUUGUCUUCACUGGCAGAGCUCCUCGGUGUCUUUAUUUCUCUAACACUUGAUUUAAUCUAAGUAAUUCUAGAAGUGGCUUUAAGACAAGAUUACAGGGAGUGUAAAUUUGUAUUUGUUUUGCCGACUCUAUCACAUUGUUUAAAAAACUUAUCAGAAAAAAGGUUUCCCACUUACCUUGCAUCCUAAUCGAAGGAACCUUUCCAUCGACGAACCAACAUCCUUGUGUUUUUUCUUGUUUCAAACGUCCUUCAACGCACAUGCAAGAUGCACUAGAAAAUGAUUUUGCACAACGAGAAAUAAUUUUUGCUCACAGAUUGACCAUUGACCAAAGCAAUAGUUGUCCGUCAAGACCUACGGUCUUGUACGUGUAGCUGAGGACAUGAUGUACGAUUUAUAGAUCGGCGCCAUCUUUUAUAGCAGACUUUUAAAGAAAGACUUUUCCGUCGAAAUUAUCCCUAAAGAAGAACAAGGUUGAAAAAGUAUCCGGAAGUGGGCUGACAUUUGAGGAUCUGCAAACAGAGUACAGCAGAUUAGGAAAUGAAGGGCUUAUUGCGAUCCUUGCACAACCACCGUCUUCAUCUCCGACGGUCGCCAUCCCAUCCUCACGAGUUACCACCACGGUUCGAAUUUUAGCUACAAUAGUCAAGUACUUCGAAGAAAACAUCCUGUGUUAGGUAUAAAAUUGAAUCCGCUAUCUCUCCUUUUUCAACUGUCGAGAUAUCACCGUAAUAAUACUAAUAAACGGCUUAAAAACAAUGGCUUUCGUACUCUUCAAAGAAACCUCAUGUUUUCAAUAGCUUUGUGUAUUAUGCGCAUGCGGGCGUGAUGUCUCGCGCGCGUAUUUUGCUCAUACGACCCCGGACCACGCGUGUUUUUCGGAUUUUUGUGACGUCAACGUAUUUAAUUAACCGUGAAUUUCUCGCAUUUCCUUCGGUCAUUUUUUCUAAAAAUCGCCUCAUUUCUUAACAGUUGCAGUCCCUUUGUACUGUCCUUUUUUUUUCUAAGUUAUGAUUUGUCUACUGAGUUCCGUUUGUUAAAGGUUUUCGUAUUCUUUGAUUAGCGUGGUACACGCAGAGAACAUAGAAAGCCGACCAUGAGUUAAGCGGUCGCUUACAAGAGCUUGAAAGAAUGGAAAAUUUUAAAUCUUGCACCCCCAAAAAGGUUGCGGUCGCUUACAGGAGGCGGAAGUUAAUACGAGAGGUUUCAACUACAGUGAAACCUCUAUUAAGCGGAUGCCCUCUAUUAAGCAGACACUAAUUAAGCCAGGUCCCGAAAUUAACGUCUUAUAUUUCCCUUUAUAACGAGCCCCUAUUUACCCUGGUCCCAGAGGUUUUUCUUGAUUUUUCUUCGCGAAAGAGAUCAAGAGCAAACCUCGAAGCGGCGACAACGAGUCGCGAAAGCGACGAGGAGAGACAGAAAAACCUCUGGUUACCUUGGCCUCGAAUCUCACUUUCAUGCAGACGACAGCUGUCAAACGCGUCAAAUUGCUAAUAAAAAGAGUGACCAAUGGCAACUUACCAAACACGUGCUUAUCAGCCGCUAUUUUUUUAAGUGGGGGUAGACCUGGGGAAAUUAUGUUAUGAACAAACCAUCUUCACUUGGGUGGUAAAGAGUGAUUUGUUAAUCGGGGUCAAGCUAAAGCAUGUGUUAACAAUGGGCGGCAAGAGUCCAGGAAUAAGAAGACCACUUUAUAAAGAAACCGACAUUGUUCCAAACGAAUGCUGCAGGAUUUGCAGAAUUUAUUUGGGUAUAAUAACAAGGAUUUUUCACAAACAUUGUCAUCUGUUCUGUCGGCAGUGUGCCAGCGGGAAGUUGUAAAGUUUGCAAGAGUCUAUCAAUCGCGCUUAUUACAUUGUUUACUUCUGCGGGGCGCGCCGUUCGCGUCGAUUCGCGGGCAUUCCCCUGAAAAUAGUAAUAUUAAUAUGUAUUCUGGCAAUCUGGCUCGCAUUUUGGUUUGGUUGCUCCAUUUCCUUUUUUUGUGGAACAGCGACGCUAGGAAGAGUCAUGCAGCACAACAAACCCUUAAGGUUCGGAAUGUACUUUCAGAGGUUUUUGUUGGCCCAAUAGACCUAUUCGGCUAACUCAAUGUACCCAAUUCAAACCCUUUGGGAAUAAAACGUUUUGUUUCAGGAAUUUCCAUAUCAUUUAAAUGUGAAUGCCACAUUAUAAUGCAAGUGCAAUACACAAAGAAUCUUAUCCCCGGGAGAUUUGAAUUGGGUACAACAUUGAGUUAGCCGAAUAGGUCUAUGCCAAAAAUAAAGUUGGUUAGAUCUUUUUUGGGCGUCGCAGGAAAAUCAAGCUGCACCGAAAAUGAUUACGCACUUGUACAAAGUUGUAUGUUUUUUUUCCUACAAGGAAACUUUCAUUCCGUAUUCGGAGAUUUUUUAUUUUGCUGCCCUAAACAAGUUAGUUUAUUUAAUGGAAUGACAGUAUUGUAACAGAAAAUAUACUUUCCAUGUCCGGUUGAUAAAAUGGUGAACACAUCCUUUCGACUCAACGCAGCGAACAAAGCUUUCUUUUGUUGCUCAGUGAGACUCGGGAAAGCGCUCAUUAAGUACCGAGGUCAAAAUUUCUUCGAAUAUUCUUUCAGCAACAACAUCCAUGGCGUGCCUCUACGUGCCUUGGUCCCGUGCAAAUGUUAUUGCGAGUGCAGCAUACAAACAAUUUUCUUCCCUAGUAGAGAGAGGCAAAAUGAGGUGUGAAAAUCCUCAGCGUCCCCUCGGUAGUUACAAUUAAACGAGCCAAUCAAAUUGGUUUGCGCGUUUGAAAAAAUAUCAACCAAUCAACGCCCGAGGGUCAGAUCCUGACCCUGUCGUCUGCAUGGAAGUGAGAUUCGAGGUCAAGGUAACCAGAGGUUUUUCUCUCUCUCCUCGUCGCUUACGCGACUCGUUGUCGCCGCUUCGCGGCUUGCUGUUGAUCUCUUUCGCGAAAAAAAAUCAAGAAAAACCUCUGGGACCAGGGUAGCCCCUAUUCAGCGGACGCGGACACUAUAAUAAGUUGUAUUUAGCUAAUUUCUAUUGUUAAAAACCUCUAUUAAGCGGACACCGGACAGAAUUGACAAUAGUAGUACUGGAUUACGUCCUUGAAAUAGGGACUGAAGUCUGUUAAUGUUUUUGUGUUUACAAAACAAAUUGAAGUUGGUAAUGAAAGGUAAUGAACUUGAGCUCCUGAUAGCUUCUUGAACGACAUGCAACUUUAUCACAGUACAGAGUAACCGUUGAAUGUUGAUCGUUAACAAACAUUGCGCAAUUUUUACAACCUCUGUUAAGCGGACACUUGGGAAAGUCCUGAGGGUGUCCGCUUAAUGGAGGUUUUUACUUUUUUUUUAUUUGCCCGGGCCCGGGCCCGAAGGGCUGGACUUGUCCCGGGGGUUCACCCAGGGGAGGAUGGUAACAAGUAUAAUUGAACCAUGCAUUAUGGAACAAAGAUCUGAAACCAGAUUGAGAUACCAAUCUGAACGAUCUACGUUCAGAGGUAGAUCGUUCGGAUUGCAAUCUUAGAUUGGUUUGGUCCUUAAUGGAACAACAAAUCGAAUUUUCGAUCGCAAAAUCCGGAUUUAGAUUGGCUAAAAGGAAUGCAACCCAAAUGAAACGAGAAUAUAAUACGAUAUUGGACGAUGCAGACUCUGCGAAUCGUAAUAACUUUGUCCCAUCUCAGACCUUUACAUAGUGCUCUCCUUGAAACAUUUCUCAAGGUGACCAAUAUCUAAAAGUAAACUGCUAAACGGCACCGAAACCAACUUUAGGCGCUCACUGAUUUCAAAUAACUGUCACCUUUACUAAAAAGAGAAUUAUGGGUAGGGACAAAAAAAAAUAAAAGGGAGGGAGGAGGGGGGUAAGAUAGUAAUUCUGUCUACAUCCACUUAUACACAAACCCCUAAUCACAAAACAAGGAAAAAAACCGUAGUCGUAGUGGCGGAAACAACUUAUUAACUGCUAGAACUUUUAUCAUUUUGGGAUCGUUUUUCAUUUAUAAACAUUUACCCUGCAACAGAGAAUGUUGUUUGGAUGCCACUGUUGAAUAUGGUAAAAUUUGCUGUGCUACGAAUAAUACCGUAUUUAUUCGAUUAGGCGCCCUCGGCGCUUAUUACAUUUUUGGGCCUCAAGAGUGAGUGAACACUUAUCGAGGUGAGCGCUUGUUCGAGGUUGGGCGCUGGGCGAUAAAUCUUCAUCAUUUUCGACAAGUAGUAAGUGAAAUUUUCAAAUAAAGAUGAAGAUGUGUCAGAGAAGAAUUAUAACUGUUCAUUGAGAACACGCCUCUUCGGGGAAGUCUCUUACUAGUACCUAAACAAAAUUUAUCUUAUUAUUUGUCAGUAAGGUCAAUAAGCAACUCUCUGGUAUUGAAAUUUCAAUAGACAAUGAAGAUGUAAUGACAAAGGAAUACUUAUUUGGAACUAUUAAGUGAUUGUUUUUUGACUCCUCUUCAGUCGAAUAUUGUCGACUAUCCAGCUCGAUCCUGACACCUUUUGACACCUUUGACGAUUUUCAAGUUGUGAUAAAGAUGGCUCUGACAGUCAUCGAACUGACUGUCAGCAUCAUUAAGACUUUUCUUGGCUAUGUUUUGAGAACAUAACUUUACUAGCCUGAUGAAUUUCUUCAAGAUAGGAGCAGCUCCGCUACUAAAGUACGAUGGCCCAAAAACAAAAGUCUUUAUAAUAUUAUACUGGCACAUUCUCCAGAAAAUUGUCUUGGAAGACGUUGCUAUAAACACGUAUCAAGCGUUUAUUUUUGUUGGCAGAUAUAGGUACAUUGAUAAAGAUGGCAAAGACGAAAUCAUCGACCUUUCAUUGCUGUGUUGCUUUGGUGUUAUUCACGCUGUCUUUGGUUUCGCUUGCGAUGGUGAUCGAGGUUAAGGAUGAACAAUCUCCCAGUGCUGGUAAGCGAAGAGGUUAUGUAUCUUUAAGCGGGUGUAACCAUUGUUGGUUCGCGUUUGUGUUGUGGUGUGGAUAUUAUUCAGUGUCUUUUCAAUCUUUUGUUUGACGUUAUUUGGUGAUUGUCGCCCGUCCGCAACACCAUGCUUUAACCGGGUUUAAGUCCCAAGAGAGACCAAUGUCAGUUUUCUCCCAACAAUAUCGAUACGUGAUAAAAAGAAAAUUUAGAAGAAUUACUAAUUUUAUCACAUAUGGAAAAAUGCUUUGAUCUUUGGAAAAAUUCUCUCAACUAAUUCUUUAAGGAAAGGUAUGGAUAUCAGUAUAGAGAAUUUGUAUUAAAGGCAUAAACCGCUGGCGGGUAACAUCACAUGAGUCACUAAACGGACGACACUUCUCUGUGCAAACAAAGAGGAAACUGGGCGGAGCUUUCUUGGGGAUACUUGCGCACCUUAAUUUAAAUAAAUCCUUAUACUGUAAAUGUGGAAAAAUUUAUUGUCAAACCGGAGGUAUUUUGAAUCUCCUAUCCGGAUUAUUUGGACCAAAACUGAUUUCCCUUUUACAUCACAUGCAGUCAAUCCUCAUUUUUUUUUCAAAUUCCGGUGUUUCAAUCUUUCUUUAUUUUUCAGUAUUAAAGAGGUUCAAAAAUCGGAAUUUUACAGCAGUUUUUGUUUUCUUUAUUAUAUAAAUAGCAGGUGCGGAGGCCGCAGAAUGGUUAGAAUCCGCCGAAGAAGAAGCUAACAAAAGAGCAAUUUUCCGUGGAAAACACGGCCGUAAUAAGGGGGGAAAAGGUAAUGGUGGAAAAGGUAAUGGUAAUGGUGGAAAAAAGGGAACUGGUUCCGAAUGCAAACCAGGCAGGUCGAAUCCAGGAGAUAGAGGCGAAAUAUAUAUGGUUACAAUGAGUGGUUCUUCCCACCGCUUCAACGCACCAACGUUCGUGAAAGUGGGUUUUACAAACAACUGCAGGCAACGAUUUGCAAACCUUAAGGCUGGAAAUCCUUUUAAACUGAAUUGUCAUGUAAGCUAUAACGUUUGUGUGAAGGACGAAGCAGAACAUGCGGCCCACGGCGCAAUAUCCAACUCUAGCAUUGACAUGGGAGGAGGAACAGAAUGGUUCUAUUACGGAACUAGUGCUAAUCUAGAAUUAAUGCGACAAGCGGUUAGAGCCGCAAUAAAUCCCUGGAUAGAGCGGGCUGGGGGUAGCAGCGACUUUGUUGAAUCGUCCAUUAAUCCGUGUCUUGCUCCUAAUCAAGCAGGCGCAAUCAUGCCCACAAAUUACGGGAAUUUCAACCCGCGGUUUGCUAGCGUUUACAACACAAAGUGGCGACAAACACUCCAAGGAAAUGUAUUGCAAAUUAAGUAUAAUUGUAAAUAACAAGUUUCUGAAGUUACCUGCGACAAUUGCCAAAAUAUUCCUCCUUAAGAAAAACGAUUAACGUCUCUCUGUUUUUUAUUCGAUUUUCAUGCAUUUUGAAUGAGCAUGCAUGGUCUUCUGUGUUUCUCAGGCUCAACAAUCCUUGUAACAUCUUUUUCGGAAAAUGCUCCAAUCCUUAAACAAGUCAGUUUUGGUCGUCUUUAUCCAGCGGCCACACUCGCCUUCGUGUCAAAUUUGCCAAAAUUGUACCUCUUCCGUAAUCCUCUGCAUUAGAACAAGAAAAUUCUUACUUCAAGAAAAUCAGUGAACCUAACUCCUUUGUUUCCUACUUUUUUUCAAUCUGCAAUUGAAUGCUCC